AUGAGGGCCAUCGUCACGUUGAUUGACUUCCUGCCGACCGCUGAUGGACAUGAAGACGUUCAAGAUUUGAUCAUGCACAUGACGAAGUCGUCAGACUGUGUCCAGGUGCGGAUCCUCCACGCCGUGGACACAACCGAGUUUUGGAAGAACCGUUUGAAGACCUACAAGGACGCGGUUCCCAUGCUGAUCGAGAAGGACGACAUUCUGAAAGAUAUGGAUCAGCUGAUGUCCGACAGCCCGUCCGCCCCAGAAGAUCGCAAGGGCCUCGCGCAGAAGUUGCAGUCGUACUGCGAGGCCAUGGUUGACAUGCAGGCCGUCAUUCCACAAGAUUGCCUCAGCAAGGUAUCCACCAAGCUUUCCGACAAGGUGACGGCCCUCGUGAAGGAGCUUCUUGAUGCAGAAGGUGCGCUGACGGACACAACGCUUUUGGACUCACUCCAGAAGCUGCUCGCUGCGUCCGUGAUUGCGUUUCCCAUGUCUGCCGCCAUGGCUGAGUCGCAGUCGCAGGUCGGGUCCCGAGUUGCACAGCUGAACGCGGCCGCCCGCGUCGACAACUUCAAACGUGCGCUGGAGGAGCUGAGCGGGAAGGCAACCGAGAAUGACGAGGACGAGCGGAGGACGGCUGCCAACGCCGCGGUGAAGUUCGCAGGGAGCGUCCAGCGCCACGAGCUGGUCGAUAAGGUCGGGAUGGAUUUGCUUGUGAAGUGCUGCAAGACGCUCCUGGACUGGAUCUCACCCGACGGUUCGGCCCAGAUCGACUCGGUGCUCAUUGAUUGUGGGCUGAAGCUGUGCGAUGCCAUCCCCACGAAGGGCUGCCCAGAGAUCCGCCGCCUAUUCGACGCCGUGCGGGCCUCGGCCACCUGCAGCCUCAGCGUGCAGUCGAUCCAAGCGACUGAGGACGGCAGCCACGAGGUCACUGUCGAGCAGCAGAAAGAGACGACGGCAAGGAUGCGCCGUGCCCUCUGCACUCUGAAGGAAACAGAGCACGCCAUGAUGCCAGAGAUCAGCGAUCUCAAGAAGCACUUGUCGGAGGCGACAGUCGGCAAGGUGGUGCAGAUGGCCAGCGCGGUCAAGGACGCCACACACACUGCCGACAAGGCGGUGCACGCCAGGGCCGUGGCGAAGGCCAAGGCCGCCUUGCAAGAGAGCGUCACGGCAGUGCGUGAGGCCCUGAAGAAGACGUACACGCACGGUGCCGACGGCGGCGUGACCGAGUCGUGGAGGCCUGCGAAGGGUGUCCCGUGGUCGGAGCUCGUGACAGUCUACGAGGCGAAGUUGAAGGAUGUGGACCUUGGCAAUGCGCACGACCUCGCAGACGAGUGCAAGAAGAAGCACGAGGACUACAAGACGGCCCUCCAGGACGCUGGCGACGCGAACCCCGACACAGUCGAGAUGAGGCAUGCUAUGGUCUUCAUUCAGGCGCUUGUGGUCGUCAAGACGGAGCAGGCGAUCAUCGAAGCGAUUACAGGUGAUAUGGAUAAGCCAGUCCUGCGCACGGAGGUCCAGACGGCCAUCAAGAAGCUGCGCAGCUACGGCCUCCAGGAGAAGGCGGCGCUCCACUUGACGAUGUUCAAUCGCGCCUUCCAGGUCACCUACACGCUGCUCGCGGCCCUCCGCGAGGGGCAGAGCAACCUCGCCCGGGAGCACGCCGUGAUGAGCCUUGUGGCGCAGGGCGGCUAUUGCACCGAGAGCCCAUGCUGGCGAGGCCUGCCGGCCGACGUCCGAGCGCUCGUGACCUCCUGCCUGCAGGUGAACCCUGCGCGGCGGCCCUCGGCCGCCUCCGCCUUGCGCUGCGGGUGGCUCGCGCAGGCGCUGGCCGACGAAGCUGGCGGCGCGGGGCGGCCGCCGGCGGAGGCGCUGCGCGCCUCGGAGGCCUGGCUGGCCCUGGACGGCUUGCAGCAGCUGGCGUGGGCGGCGGUGGCGCGGGCGGCGGGCGAGCCAGAGCUGCGCCCAGAGGUGGUCGCGGCCGCCACCGCGGGGGCAGCCCCGGGCGACGCCGGUACGGGGUACCUGUUGCAGCUGGCCCAGCAGGUGGCCGCGGUGCCGGUAGAGCGCUGGCUCCGGGACAUGGGCACGUGGCCGGAGAUCUUGCGCCUUGCCUUCAGGUACCUGGACGUCGAUGGCGAUGGCUUCCUGUCUGCGCAGGACCUCGCGGAGCACGUGGACGGCCCAGGCGGCGUCCAGGCCGCCAGGCGCUGGAUCUCCCGCUGGGCCUGCCGCGCUCCGCGCGCUCGGCGCGGGAGCGUCGAGGAGGGUGCCGGCCGAUGGGAGACGGCCCAUCGCCUCGAGCUGGGCGACUUCCGCGCGGCACUGCAGUCAGGCGAACCCCCGACCGCGUACGCCACCGCCUGACGGGGCCCCCGCCGCCGCCCAGCGCGCCUCACGCCGAAGAGAGGCGGCGGGGCGCCGGGCGGCCUCCGUCACGGCGCGCGCGCGCGCGGCCGGGCUCGCGCGGCGACUGCGCCGGCGCCCGUGUCGAUCCGCUCGAUCCGAUCCCC